AUGUCGCCUAAGGAUUGUCAGUUUAACAUUCCCCCUGGCUGGACCUUGAACCCAUCAAGUCCUCAUUAUCAGGAAGAGUGGAUAGGCGCCGACUCCGAAGGUCAAAUAAUUGCUCGAUCCUAUGGUCUCCAACCAGGACAGCCGGUUAUGGAGGAUAAUAAGGGGUGGCACACAAUUUUCCUGUCUAGCAAUAAGUUCUAUCUUUGGGGGCGGAUGAACGACGAAGUCGAAGAAUUUGUGUCUUAG